UUUCAACAAGCCUACUUUGUUUUCUAUAGUGGGUUUUAAAUGAAAUAAUUAAGCAAAAUACACUACCAUAACGCAAAUAAACUAAUUAAUAUAAAGAAGAAGAAGAAUUCGGAAGUUUGGACACUGUAACAGUUGUAUUCUUUAGAUCUAAUAAAUAAAUUGUGAAGUUUUUUUGGGAGGGAGUUUAGGGACGACUCAAAUCUUCCAUGUUAUAAAUGGUUUUAAAUUGAAUCAUGGAAGGAAUUUCGCAAAAUGAGAAAAUUAUUUGGUCCUGUUGGGAAGAAAAAUCACCGAGAGAUGUUGUACGCGAAGCUGCUGCCAAGGGAACCCAUAUAAGUUUGUGUUUGAAGUAUUUAAUGCAUAAAAAUAACUGGAAUGAAUCUACAGCCACAGACUGGUUCAUGGCCGAGGUAAAGGCAUGGACUGUACAGUUGCUUAUGAGGAAACAGAUAUUUAAAGUGCUUCACAUAUUAGGUAAAGUGGAAGUUAAUCCUGAAAUGCAUUUAAUAACUUUGGCUAAAACAUCACCCCAAAUAGAGUAUAGAGACUUUAUUGUUGAGCAUUUGGAGAAAUUGUCUAAAGAUAUAUUACCAGAAAAUAUCAAGACAUGGGAACAUUUUAGAAGGCACUGGAAUUUAUUACGUUAUCUUGAGAAAUCAUUUGAAGUAGACGGCACUUUUAAGCAAAACAAAGUUUUUGGUGUUGGUAAAGAGAGAAUCAUAGUCAAUGAGAGUGAAAUAAAAGCAUUAACAGUAGAAAACAUAGAAAAAUAUCAACCGGAAUGGAAAAGUAAAAUUGCUACUGCAUUAUUUUUUGAAUCUUUUGAGUUCUCACUGCUAGAUUUUUCAUCACCUCUCGAAGUAUGGAAUUACUUGGUUCAAAAUAAUAAGGCGAUGAUCCUUAUACGUUGGAUUAAUAUGCAAACGUCUGAAGUAGUGAGAGAUAAGAAUGCUCGGUACAUAUUCUUUAGUAAUGAAAAUUUUGCCCAGAAGUUUUUAUAUGUUGACACAAAAGGUUUCAGUAAUGAUGUUCUUGAAAAGCUAGAUGCAAUUUUUCGCAGUUGGCCAAUCACUAAUGAAAUGAUUGCAAGCAUAGCGAGCAGUAAAUGUUUCCCAUAUACGAAAAUGUGCAUAUAUGAUACACUUUCUUCCUAUGGAAUUGUGAAUGAGGAUGAACGUAAUAAUUUGAAUGUUAUUAUAUCAAGACUGGCUCGAACUCAAAAUUUAAAAUUAAUAGAUGAUAUAUUCUCUGAAACCUGUGCGACUGUAACAAAACAACAAUUUUAUGUCGAAUUAGCCAAAUAUUGUGUUAAAAAUAGACUUUAUAAAGUUUUAACUAUGUGUAUUGAGGGUAACAUACUAGAUACACACUUAUCAGAUGUAGAACAAGAAGCCAAGGAAUGCAUUGAGCUAUGGUUGCUUUUUAAAAGCAUUGAACAGACAUCAGAUAGGCAGAGCCAUGUUCUUCCUGUUUAUAAGACGUGUGAGCAAAUAGCUAGAGAAAACAUUGAUACUUACAUUUCAUCUAAUCCCCAUUUAAUAAUUGGUAUGAUUUUGCUUGAGGAUAAUGCAAAAUUAUUCGAUAUAUUUUCUCAAAAUGAGUAUUUGCAUUUCAAAGACUUUAAAUUGCCAAAUAAAGGAUAUAAAAAUAAGCUUACUCAUUUGUAUAAUGUUUACAGAAAAUAUUCCGACCCUAAUGAUUUGUAUGCCUAUAAAGAUGUAAAUGUUUAUCAAUUAUUAUCUGGGUACCGUGGGUUGGAUGUCUCAAAGAUUUUCGAAUUCCAACUAAUAAAUCAAAAUACAAAGAGUAUACUAAACGAUAAACCAGAAAGACGUAGUCUCGGUAGUCUUUUAUCUAGUGAAGUUAAUGUUAAUACUGCUGGUAUGAAAUCACUGAUCCAGAAACCGAUGGACAUGCCAGAUUUCGCUGAUAAAAAGCUAAUGAAAAGAUAUGGUUAUGUAGCUAAAUUAAAUCAUGUGUACUAUUUGAAGCAAUAUCGCCCCUGUAAUGCUAGUCAAGCGUUUGUCGAACAGCAAUAUCUAAUGUACAAUCGCCUUCAAGAAAAAUGCAUAAAAAGUGCUUGUUGCGAAGCUCAUGCAUUAGCACUUCAAAAUUGGUCUGAUCCAGCCAUGACGGCGUGUUGUAUAUCCUUUAUUGCAAUGAUUGGAUGUAAUUCAUCCAGGUGUAGGGUGCACAUGUCGGUUGCGAAAAUAUUAAAAGAUUACUUGAUGACAUACAAGAACAUGCAAUUAGAUAAAACCAACAAAGUAAUCGGUGAAUAUAUGUAUAAGCUGAUUCAGAGCGACGAUGAUGCUGCCAAAGAAAUAUUAGAUUACCUAGAAGAAGCAACAAUGGUGAAACUCAAAGAAAAACAAGAGUUAGAUGGAAAGGUCGAUAUGUCGGUAGUUUUAUAUGAAUCUCAAACUGUAGUAAAGUUUGCAGUGUUACAUAAUUUGCCUUUGCCAGAAAAGCAACUGAAGGAGUUUAUAAAGUCGGACUCUUGGUUUAAUUUUCUACUUUACGGCGAUGUGUUUCGUUACCCUUUGGCCCAAAUGUUGCAGUUAUCUCACGAAUUUCAAAAUAGAUCUUAUGCGGAACACUUAAAACAUAUAAUGCUUCAUAAAAAUUCUGAAGAACCAGCUGAUAAAGAUAGUAAAUCUAACUCUAGUAAUGGACAGAGGAAACCCACAAGACUGCAUUCAGUGGAAUUUAGUCCACAAAGCUCGCAGUGUUCUUUCGAGUUUCCCAGUUUACAUAUGGGGCGUGAGUUGUGGGAGGUGGCGGCGUCAUGUCACGGCCCUGAAGAUCCUCCCGCUGCUCUCUUACGAGCCGCUGAACUAUACCGAGAGCCGUUACUGGUGCUCAUUGCCAGUUGCUAUGAACCAAAUGCAAUUGGCAUUCUCUGGGUGCAAUGGGUGUUAUCCUCCCUAGGCCAAACGGUUGACGUGCACGACUUCAUUCAGUCGGAAAUGAAUCAACAAGCUGUUACAGCUGAUGAGUUUCAACGUGUCGCUGAACUGUGUCUUCGAGAGGGCUAUGUAUCGACUUUGCACGAUUCAAUGCUUAUAUUUAUGCCGGAUAGCCCCUUGACUCUUCUCACGUCAUUUCUUUAUCGGUCCAUUCGCAAUCGUAACUUCGACUGUGAAACUGUACGGCUCCUAAACAGCUUUCUACACCAUUGUCAGCGUAGGUACAGCGUCGAAUCCUCGAAUGUGACGUGGCAACUGUCCAAGGAAGCUCUGCAAAGAGUGGCAGUAGCGCUUGUUAAAAUAACCAUGAGUCAGAGCUUCGAUAGCGCUUACCACCAGAGGGAGUUCCUUCGGUGCUUGGCAGAGGCCGAAUUUGAAAAAUCUAUAAAUGUACCCACUCCGAACUUCAUUGAUUUAUAUAAGAUUCUCCAAAUAUCAAUGGAAACAUCAUUAGUAGUUGAUAUUUCCAAAAUGCUCCAAGAAGACUCAAACGACUAUUUAGCCGAAUGUAUAGAGCGGUACACUAUCAACAGAAAUUACGACGUGGCGUUUGAAAUUGCAAAACUUGCUCAUUUGCCCGUAAACGAUAUAUUAAAAUCCGAAUGGACACACAAAUAUCAAAUGUUAGUAAACAAAGAAGAUGCUGUUUUGGAUGAAAAAGAAUUGACACUGUUCAUAGCACAAUGCAGUGAAGCUUUUAAGAAAGCUAGCGUGUGUUUUAAGGAAGCCACAGAAUUCCUGGUGCAUUAUACUGAAAAUAUAACAGAGGCCAUUCAAAAGUUUUACGCAUAUAGAAUUAUUAUGAGCUGGUUUCAUGAGAACCACGAGUAUGGUCUACAAAGAGAACAAAUCGAACACAGAAUGUGGGACGCGUAUUUUGUAUGUGAACCAAAUAAUGACGUAUUUCUAAAUGGCUACCAUAGCACAAUACAUUUUAUACUUAAUGGACAGAAAGAUCAGACAAUAUCAAAGAAAAUUGGCAUCAUCAAUGCCGCAAAACCUUUCUCAAUGGCUAUUGGAGAGAUAGAGGUUGAUUCUGAUGUAGGUAACAUCGAGGAUAUAAUGUUGCUUGAAGAUCCAGAGGCCAUUGAUAACUGGAGAAAAGCAAUUGGGCAACUGCUUGAGUUGAGAUUACUAGUUGAUGCUUUUCGUCUAUCAGCUCUCUUUAAGACGCCCCCGGAAUAUCGUUAUCGCUAUCCGUGCUGCCCAGUCCAAAUAAUAAGAACUUGUUUGAAGCUUGCUGAAGGCUCGUGCUCUCCAUACGAAUUGCCACAAGAAUUGCGCUUGGUUAUUUCAUCACCUACUCUUCAAAAUAAGCUUACCAUUUCAGGCACCUCAGACGUCAGCUUCGAAGAACUAGUGGUUAUACAGGAAAAACAAGAUAUUAAUAUUCCUGAGAGUGCGCAUUUAGCUGCCAGGGAAGAAGCUGAUCGCCUAUCUGCGUUGGAUGCCCUCGCUGUGCGAAGUGGACUAACACUUGCAAAACAGGUUGCUAGCUACUUUCGUAUAGCUUUACAAAUAGGCUGGGACUACGUAUCGGUUCUGAAGUACCAGCAUCGUUCCGUUGAUUUCAUUAACCUAGUUAGUGGUAGAGCGCGUAUGUCACUAGCAAAUCUGGUCUUCAAAACGUUCAACAUCCCAUCGAAACAAGUUGCAGAGUACUUGUGUUCGGAAAUGGUUGCUGCUAUAAUAUCUCCACAUUUGGUGAAGACUUCGACAUUUAGACAGAAAGAGCAUUUCCAAUAUACGUUAUGGGGUUACACGCUCAGUUCUGACGUGGAGAUGUUUCUGAACAUGCGCCCAGAUGCGUGUAGCCACAUAGGUAGGCUCAUGCUGGAUCAUCUAAUGGCAUUUCAAAAGAUUUAUAAAGCAACCAACUCCUCGAAGAUUCCAGAAAACACUUUGGACGACAGCUGUCUCGAUGUCGAAACAUUGAUAGACGAAGAGUAUCAGAACGUGGAAACUGGCGAAGUAGAGUCGGUUUUAACCGAGGAAGGAACUCUAAUGUCGGCUGACACAGAGUCUGUUUAUUCCGUAUCCAGUGUCUACACCGUUGGGAACAAAAUGACACGUGACUCGAGGAGAAAUCUCUUCGAUGUUAUAACGAAGAGCAAUGUACACAUAAGAUACGAGGUCAAAUCUAACAUCAGGAAGAUAACGAAAGGCGCUAAAUUGUCUACAAAACAGGUGAACAUUAUAUCGAUCGAGUUGCUAGUAUUGGCGCACGAAUGCUUUUCGUGCGCUUGCGAUACAGAAGGCGUGGCGGUGACGCUGCGUUCUGCGCAAGCGCUUACCGGCCAACUGCUGGCCGCUCGCUCGUGGAGGCUUAUGGUGCGCCUACUUACCGGCCUAGCGAGAUAUACAGAAUGCGCGUACGUGUUCCAGGCUCUGCGUGACAAUCAUCAAUUCGAGUUCUUGCUGGGUCAAUUCGACUACAUGCUUGGCCAGCAGCCAGACAAAAUCGCGGAAUUCAAGCAGGGCUUGUUGGACUUCCUCAAGAAUCAUUGUCCCGGCGACACAGACACCUACAUAAUGGUCGCGCUUCACUUCAAUAUGUACGCCGAAGCCGCCAACGUGAAAAAGAAACAGGCGUUGUCUUUGAUUGAAGAUUUGGAGAAAAUGGCACUCGAUGCGGCAAAGGCGACUUCGAAAAGACCCUUUCAGCCGCCGAUGUGGCUACAGAUACACGAUAGUGUGAUGACAAGGUCUUUAUUAGAGACGGCAAUAGAACAUUGCACGGACGCAGCCGAGUUGUAUCUGCAAGGGGGGUGCACGGGGUUUGCGGGCGAGAUGGCAGCACUGGCGCAGCAAGUUGCGUUACAGAUGUCGCUACUGAACGCCUCACCUACUAGGCUCAUACUGAACAGGAGCACGGAGCAGUUGUACAAGCUCGUCAGCGAGUACCUUAGCUUCAUGGAAGGUCUAGUGCUUCUUGCGGGGCGUAGCGGUGAGGCGUGGCGCGAACUGGCGUACAGACGCGCGUUGUCCAACGACCAAGCGUACGUACGCGACAUGGCUGCCUAUCGACCCGACGUCGCGCACCAUUUCCUCGACAGAUACAAAACGGAAAAGAACAAAACAUCGGUAUCCAACGCCGCUAUGACAGAACUGCGGAACCUCUGCAGGUGAUACGCACCCAAUAUAUUGAUAUUAAUAUCAUGAUUUCUAUAUAUUUGCUGCUCAUUUAUUAAACUCAUAGAAUUAAGCCUAAUUAGCGUAGUUAAGUUAAAGUGCUGCAUGCCAAAUUUUAAAUUUCUAUGUAUGUUGGUAUAAUCUUCGUUUUAAAAUAAAUUAGAGUUUUGAUAUAUUUCUAAAAUGUUAUGUUGUUAAUGUAUUUGACGAUGAUAAAUAUUUAUGUAUUGGUGUUUUUAUUUAUAUAUAGUAAUAAAUUUUUCAAUGUUUUUCUGUGAUAUCAAAAUAAUGUACUGCGACUGAUAAAUGGUUUAUGUAUUUUUAUAUACUUAAUAUUAUUGUAAAUAAAAG